ACUGUUGUUCCUGCUUGUACUCUCACUUAUGCGCAGGAGAUCAGACAGCGAACACAGGGGCAGCCGUGGACUUCUGCUCCAGCCGUGCAUGAUUGCUCUGCUCCAUGGCCACUUCUAAUCUGAAAGAUCAGGCAUGGAUCCCCAAAUAUUUCAAGAAAAAAGUCUGCACAACUUUCAUUGAGCAACCUGGUGAAACAGGUGCCUCCAAUCUCUGUCAGUGUGGCGACCUUCGCAGAAACCACACAUCUGUAGCCAUAGAAGAUGCCUUUGGAGCAGCCAUUGUCAGCAAAUGGGACUCAGCGCAACACACCACAGAGAGGCCAACCGAUGCUUAUGGGGAAGUGGAGUUUCUGGGCACUGGCCGUAGACCUAGCAAGUUCAUUCGCCUCUCUGACUCGUCUGAUCCUGCAUAUGCCUAUGCUCUAGUGACGCACCACUGGAAAAUCCCACAUCCCAACUUGGUGGUGUCAGUAGUGGGAGGUGAAGAUGAGGGGCAUGUAAGGGCCUGGCUCAAAGAUGUGCUGAGAAAGGGGCUGGUUAAAGCAGCUCAGAGCACAGGUGCCUGGAUUAUGACAAGUGGUCUCCAAGCCGGUGUGGGCCGAUAUGUGGGGGAAGCGGUGAGGGACCACGCUAUGGCCAGUACCAACCCCAGCACUCGAGUUGUAGCAAUGGGCAUUGCUCCAUGGGGUAUCGUUGAGCAGCACCAUUGUCUUGUGAACCCCAAGGGUUCCUUCCCAGCACGUUACCCCCGGACAAACCCUGUGAGUCCUUUCUGCCCUCUAGAUGCCAACCAUUCUGCCUUCUUCUUGGUGGACAAUGGGACGCUGGGCAGAGCGGGUGAAGAGUCUGUCUUCCGUGCCCGUUUGGAACGCUAUAUCGCCCAGCAGAAAGUGGGAGCUGGUGGUGAAGGGAGCAUUGAGAUUCCUGUAUUGUUGCUGCUCAUCAGUGGGGAUUCAGCCAUGUUCAAGCGUGUAUUGGAGGCCGUGCAUGCCUCCAUUCCCUGCCUCCUCUUAGCCGGAUCUGGGGGAGCGGCAGACUGCUUGGCUGAAUUGCUGGAAGAGACACAACCUGGGGAGUCCCUGAAAACUCUGGCCAUGAAGAAAAUGCAGGGGAAGUUCCCAGACAAUGACUUGGAGGAGUUGGCCCAGCAGGUGGAAAGUAUUGGGAAUCUGAGAGAAUUGGUGACUGUCUAUUCAGACCAAGAGGGUUUGGAAGAGUUUGAGACUGUCCUGCUUAAAGCUCUAGUGAAAGCUUGUAAGCGGUCAAGCAAGGCCACCUGUUAUCUGGAUGAGCUACGCCUGGCUGUAGCCUGGAAUCGGGUGGACAUCGCCAGCACAGAAUUGUUCCGUGGGGACAUUCUCUGGGAGCCCAGGCUGCUGGAGAACCCAAUGCAUGAUGCCUUGCUAGGUAAUCGACCUGACUUGGUGCGCCUCUUUGUGGAGAAUGGUUUGGAUGUUGGACAGUUCCUGACAUGGGGAAAGCUGGAACAGCUGUAUGCUGGGUCUCCCAAGGUCUCGCUGCUGCACCAGCUUUUGGAGCGAUGGCAAGGGACAGGCCCUGAUCCAUCCACCCCUCCUGAAGACUUGCUGCUGGGACGAACUCUGCCUGAGUGCCAUUUGUUUCAUGUAGCUGUUAUCCUGCGUGAGCUACUAGGGGAUAUCUGUGCUCCUUUUUAUGCAGGACUGUACCCUACUGGCCACAGAGGGGCAGGGAAAAAAGGAUUAUUACCCAAUGGAGAUUCCACGUACCAAAACGAGCAUUCACCAAACCCAUGGACUGAUCUAUUCAUCUGGGCCGUGUUGCUGAAUCGAAAAGAGAUGGCAAUUUAUUUUUGGGAAAUGGCACCCGAUGCAGUGGCCGGGGCGUUGGCAGCAACACAGAUAUUGCGGGAGCUUUCACAUCUAGAGACAGAGACAGAAGAAGUGACAGCCAUGAAGGAUCUAGCAAUGCACUUUGAAAACUUGGCCAUAGGAGUAUUUGGUGAAUGUUACCGUAAUAGUGAGCCACGGGCCUACAAACUACUGGUGCGCUGUUCCUACCUCUGGGGUGGAGCCACUAUCCUCCAGUUGGCUCACCAGGCUGACGCCCGCCUCUUUUUUGCACAGGAUGGUGUGCAGUCCCUGCUCACCCAGAACUGGUGGGGAGAAAUGGACCGAAGCACCUCUGUCUGGCAGCUUCUUCUCACAUUUUUUUGCCCCCCUCUCAUCUUUACUAACCUCAUUACAUUCAGGAACAUGGACGAUGACCUGCGGCUGGAUUCCUUGGAACAGUUUGAACUGGACAGUCUUGAUACAGAUGUGAAAAGUACCAUCGGAGACAUAUUAUCUGACAGUUUGGAACAUCCCUCCCCUGUUUCUGCUCGACGAUUAUGGUUACGACGGUGGCAUCAAUUCUGGGUGGCGCCUGUGACAGCAUUCCUGGGCAAUGUAGUGAUGUACUUGCUCUUCCUCUUCCUCUUCUCCUACGUCCUGCUGCUGGAUUUUGACCCUCCACCUCCCAGAGGUCCAUCUGGCACUGAGAUAGUUCUGUACAUCUGGGUUUUCACACUGGUUUGCGAAGAGGUGCGUCAGGGAUGCUUCGUGGGUUCCCAUCCUUUGUUGCAGCGAGUACGACGGUACUUCCUGGACACGUGGAACCAGCUUGAUAUCACAGCUCUGCUACUCUUCAUGAUAGGACUAGUAUGCAGGCUGUUUCCUCAGUCAUAUGAAUCAGGACGCACCAUUCUGUGCCUGGAUUUCAUGAUCUUCACCCUUCGUCUUAUCCACAUCUUUGCUGUCAACAAACAGCUGGGGCCCAAGAUGAUUAUCGUCGGCAAGAUGAUGAAGGAUGUAUUUCUCUUUCUGUUCUUUCUUGCGGUAUGGUUGGUGGCCUAUGGGGUCACGACUGAGGGUCUCCUUCUCCCCCAUGAUCGACGACUCCCUUGGAUAUUCCGACGUGUUUUCUACCGACCUUACUUGCAAAUUUUUGGACAGAUCCCACUCAGUGAAAUUGACGCUGCCCUGAUUACAGCCGCGAAUUGCACUUAUGACCCUUUAGCCAUCUUGAUGGAGGAUGCGGACCCUUGUACCAAUACUUACGCUAACUGGCUGGUACUCCUUCUCCUUGUGAUCUUCCUGCUGGUAGCCAACAUUCUGCUCCUCAACUUGCUGAUUGCGAUGUUCAGUUACACAUUCUCCAAAGUGCAAGGCAACAGCGAUAUCUACUGGAAAUCACAGCGUUACAACCUCAUCCUGGAGUAUCAUAGCCGGCCUGCAUUGGCUCCACCCUUCAUCCUGAUCAGCCACCUACAUCUUUUCUUCAAGCGCCACAUCCGCAAGGCGCAGUCCGCAAAGGGACGUGACUUCUUGCUAGAACUCUCUGAGACCCAAGAUAGGCGGCUACUGACAUGGGAAUCGGUACAGAAAGAAAAUUACUUAGUGUCUCAGGCUCGACAGAAACGUGACAGCGACACUGAGCGGCUCCGGAGGACUUCCCAAAAAGUCGACCAGGUUUUAAAGCAGCUUUCUGAUAUCAAAGAAUCAGAGCGACGUCUGAAGACCCUUGAGAUGCAGAUGGAGUAUUGUACCAGCGCCUUGUCUUGGAUGGUAGACAUCUUGGCCCAGAGCGAUAUAGGAAAAGGGAAGCAGGCUCCUCCUGUUCAGAAAAAAAAUUGAAUUUUUCCAUGGGACAUGAACAAGGACAAUGAAGAAGAGUAGUGGGCUGCUGCUAUUCACAGAAUCCCAAAAGUGUCUCAACACCUGAUGCCUCAGAGAAUUAGACAGAAUGUAGGCUUCAGUUGGAAACGGUUGAGAGGGUGCAGGAUCACAUUUCAGUUCAGCUACAAACACCCUCCGUCUGACUUUAGUUUCCUUCACUGGAAAUAAGAAUGAUCUACCUCACAGCAUUUCAGUGAGAAUGAAAGCAAUGUAGACAAUUAAAAAAAACAAAACUGAGAUGCCAGAAAUGCAAAAAAAGUGGAUAAUCAUCCCUGUCCUAUACUUAUAUUGAUACCUGAAUCAGCUGCUGAUUUUGAGAAAAUAUUUGUGUAACUAUAGAGAUGGGCAAUCUUUUGGUGGCUCGGCCACAAUUACAUUGAGCUCCUCAAAAUUCAACAAGAUAUAAUACUGAUGCAAAGCAGGCGAGGCUAGUUUUUCUGGGGUGUUUGGGAAAAUGUUCUUUGUUUUUGUUGGAUAUGCUAUGGUUUACCUGUGAUUCCUGACAGAAAUUUGUGAGAAAUGGUGCCACCAAGUUUCUGCUAUGGUGGUCAGAGCUCUUGGGUGGAAGUUUGAAUACUAGAUGCACCUGGUGUAAUAUAAAUGGGAAUAGUUAGAACAUACUAUGCCUCAAAGGAAUGGUUGGGAGUCAAUGAAAGCCCAUACCUCAUAUGCAGAAGGCCUAACGGUCAGUCCAUGGCACUCCUGUUAAAAGGAUCUUGAUGUAGCAGGUGAUAGAAAAGUCUAUGUACCUGGAAAUCUUAAAGCUAUUAUCAGUGCAAGUAGAGAAGGCAAUGGUGUGCCUGUUACAAAACAGCUCCUGUGUUCUUAAGAUAAUCAGUUCCCUAAGUCUUCACAUGCACAAUCCAGGCUGACAUUAAUUUCCCAACUGCAUGUUUGCUUGGCAUCUCGUUCCUAGCUAUCUUUCAACCAGCCCAGGAGCCAUGCAGUUGCUACUGUACAAGGUCAGCAAGUGAGUGGGUGAAGACAUGUAUGAUACGGUAUCAUAUUCUAAUAUGGCAAGGAAUGGAAACUAGAACUUUUCUAACUGAUGAUUCAUCUACCCGUUCUACAUAUUGGGAAUCACAGAAAAGAUCAUGGCUGACACCUGCAAGCCAAUUCGUAAGAAAAAGGACACACUCCUAAUCAUGUAGAUUAUUGCUGUGUCUUACUUGAAAAGAGAACCUGAUUGUUUUAUAAUUUAUAAUUAAAAAAAAUAUUAAUGGAUCAUUAAGAUUCUAGGGUUAAAAAAAAUUAGACCACACAAGGCCCUUGGUUAGCCCACUCAGUUCUGGGGAGUAUAAAGAAUGUUCUGAUGGAUCAGGAAACAUCCAUUUCAACCUACACAUGACCAAAGAUCCUUUAUAUGUAGGGAAAGAAGUUGCUUGUUUGCAAUCCUCAAUAUUUCAGCAUAGGUGAUGUCUGGGUCAGUAAAACAAAUUCUA